AUGUGGGGAAAGCUUUUCAAUCAAACUCUAUAUCAGACUACCAUCUUAGUGACCUUCCAGUUCAAAGGGCAAGCUAUCCUACGAAUCUGUAAGAAUGUUAGUGAAACCAUGAUUUUCAAUAGUUUUGUUCUCUGUCAAGUAUUUAACCUAGUGAAUGCAAGGGAACUAGAGAAGAAGAAUGUGUUUCGGGGCAUUCACCAUCACCGAUUGUUUGUUGUGGCUGUGAUCGUUAUUCUUGUACUGCAGUUUGCUUUUAUUGAGAUUGAAAAUAUCCUGGUGGGCAAUGCAAAAUUGAAUUGGGUGCAGUGGGUGGCAUGUCUUGUAAUUGGGAUGGUUUUAGGGGCAAUCGAUUGGGCUACGAAGUGCAUACCAGGCUAUGUCAUGGGAUUGGUUGAGUGGACCAUUUGGCUCAUGUAUUUGAACCUAGAGUAA